AUGGAUAUACGUAAAAAUCUCGCCCGCGUAAACGAGAAUAAUGACUGGUUUUUGCAAGAUCUGCGACGAGCGAUUAACAAGGAAAUCAACAUUCUCGAGAUCGGCACCGGAAGUUCCUAUGCGUUGCCGGAAGUUAGCGACUACAACUCAACAGCAUUGUUUCAUGCAAGUGCGAAUGAAUGCAAGUUAAACAGACGCUGUCAAAACUGCCACCGGAAGCAUCACACUUCUAUCUGUAAGGAGCUACAAAGAAAACCGGAAGUUGAAUCGCCGCAACCGGAAGCCGCCGUAUUCUUCUCGUCUACAAAGAGGUCGAACGCAGACGUUAUAUUAAAAACCGCCAUUGCCCCUGUUUCGUCGUCUCACAAUACAACGGAUGCCGCCAUAUUAGUCGACGAAGGCGCACAGCGAUCCUUUAUCACCAGAAAGCUUGCUGACGAUCUUCAACUAGAGAGUGAUGGAAUAGAAACACUUAGCCUGACGGGAUUCGGAGGAAGUAAUAACAGAAGCUUACAGCAACUAGAACGCACGACAGUGUACAUAGUUUCGAAGAGAAAAAAGAUACCUGUUAGUGUACUCAUCGUCCCCACUAUUGCGGCUCCCAUCAGAUGCGGAUAUCUUAGAUCGACUGCGGAACUUCCGUACCUGCGGGGAUUGAAGUUGGCUCAUUCCGUUACAGGUGACACGUUAUUUGACAUUUCAUUACUCGUUGGAGCUGACCACUAUUGGGAUAUUGUCGAAGAUCAUGUUGUUCGAGGGAACGGGCCGACCGCCGUCAAGUCUAAGAUUGGUUAUUUACUGUCCGGUCCGAUGCCCUCCACGUCUCAUGCGUCAGCUGAUAAGCACAUCUUGAACGUACUUGCAUCGCGCGCCCCAGAACACAGCAUAUUAGAACGUUUCUGGAGUCUUGAGAACAUGGGUAUCUCACCUUGUGAACCUGACCGGAAGUCUGUCGAGUACCUACAGCAAUACCAAGCGACAGCUAUUGAGUACGACAACGGAAGGUACCAUGCCAAACUACCAUGGAAGCAAGACCACCCUGCUCUACCAACAAACCACAACAUAGCCUUGAAGAGAACUGUUGGGGCUAUUCAGAGGUUGUGCAAUGAACCGGAAGUGCCUCGGGCACAUGGUGACAGCAUAGCAGAGCAGGAAAGACGUGGCUUCAUCGAGCGGGUACCACUUGGUCAAGAGUCAGCUGAACAAGUGCACUACAUUCCUCAUCACCCAGUGGAAAAAGAAUCAUCAACGACACCCAUACGCAUCGUCUACGAUUGUAGCUGCCGUCAGUCACGUGAUUCACCAAGCUUGAACGACUGCCUGAAAUCAACGCCACCGGCAUUGAACGAGCUUACGUCGAUUCUUACAAUCGUCACAGAAAUCGAGGCUGUACUUAACGAUCGGCCAUUGACGUAUGCAUCAACAGAUCUAAACGACCCCGCGCAUAUCACGCCGUCGCAGCUGUUAUACGGUCGCCGAGUUACAACGCUGCCACACGAUGACGUCACAUUCGAUGCCGGGAGUACUGUCGCUGCAGCCGAUCAUGCUACAUUUAACCGCAUGGCAAGGCGACGUGAGCUGCUCAUACAACAGUUCUACAGACGCUGGAAGACUGAGUACCUGACGUCACUCCGCGAGCACCACCGAAUGUCUGGUUCCAACACGCAGACGAUCAACACCGGGGACGUGGUGCAGAUCCAUGAUGAUGGCCCUAGAUGUCGAAGGAAACUUGCCGUGGUCGUCGAUGUUGUAACCGGAAGGGACGGGCAUGUUCGCGCGGCCAAAGUGCGAACCAGUAACGGACUGUAUACCCUAAAGGCCAAUAGCAAAACUUUAUCCACUCGAAGUGAUAAGUGCCAAUGGAAACUGAUGGACAAUCAUGAUAUUGAUGUGAUGGACUGUUUUUUAAAUAUUUAA